AUGAUGCCACUAAAGAAAAGCCGCAUGGCACUUUUGAUGCUGACGGUUCAGUUAUGUCAGCAAACGACAGCUUCCAAUCCAUUUAUAAAUACCCGAGCUACAUUCGUUUCUGGGGGUGCUACAAGGCCCACAAUGUUUGAGAAAAUAAAGGAUGUCGCAUCGACAGACAGUGAAGUCAUAUUCAUUCAAAAGCGGGGUGGAAGCCGAGAACCGCUCAAUCGCAGUAAGGUUUUCAAUUAUUUGCAAUCACUGGCUUCAGAUAUGACUCAAGACGGCACUGCAGUUACUACUGGAAUAAACCUGGAGGGAAUCACUGAGUCCAUCAUGAGAGGAAUGUAUCACAACGCGACCACGACUGAAAUCAAUACACUUGCUGCCGAAACAGCUGCCAGCAUGACCACACAGCACCUGUCCUAUGGACGCCUCGCCGCUCGAAUUGCAGUGGGACAAAAUCACAAAACAACGCCUUCCACUUUCACGGAGGCUAUGGAAAUACUCGAUCAAGAAACCAAAUACAUUAGCGACGAUGUUCUAAACUUGCUUCGUCGUCGGGGAGACGAAAUCAACAAUGAAAUUGUAAAUGAGCGAGACUUAGAUCUGACCUACUUUGGCUUCAAGACUCUGGAACGAUCCUACUUGCUAAAAAAUGAUGCGGGACGAAUCUUGGAACGACCACAAUAUCUAAUAAUGCGUGUCGCACUGGGAAUCCAUUGUACCGACUUGGGAGAAAUCACACAAGAAGAGGAGGACGAACGGUUGCAAGCUGCGUUCCAGACAUAUCAUAUGAUGAGCCAAGGGUUCUUCUCGCAUGCAUCACCAACUCUGUUUCACUCUGGUACUACACACCCGCAGCUUUCCAGUUGUUUCUUGGUCCAAAUGAGCGAAGACUCCAUUUCUGGUAUCUACGAUACGUUGAAGCGGUGUGCUGUCAUUUCAAAGGCUGCUGGAGGAAUCGGUCUCAGCGUCCAUAACAUUCGAGCACGGGGUACUCCCAUCAAGGGAACACGGGGAGUCUCCAAUGGGUUGGUGCCCAUGUUGCGAGUCUAUGAUGUGACAUCCCGGUAUGUUGAUCAAGGUGGGGGCAAGCGUCCUGGAGCAUUUGCUAUUUACAUUGAGCCGUGGCACGCCGAUGUUCUAGAUCUUCUCAACUUAAAAAAGAAUCACGGAAAAGAGGAACAGCGUGCACGAGAUCUAUUCUAUGGACUCUGGAUUCCAGACUUGUUCAUGAAGCGAGUGGAGAAUGAUGAAAUGUGGAGUCUCAUGUGCCCCGAUCUUACUCCGGGCCUAGCCGCAUGCCACGGAAAGGAAUUCGAAGAGUUGUACUGCAAGUAUGAGAAGGAAGGAAAGUUCGUUCGACAAUUGAGGGCCCGAGAUGUCUGGGCCGCAAUUUUGGAAUCGCAAAUUGAAACCGGAACUCCCUACAUGCUCUACAAGGAUGCGGCAAAUACAAAGAGCAACCAACAGAAUCUUGGAACGAUACAGUGCAGUAACCUGUGUACUGAAAUCAUUCAAUACACGGACAGCGAGGAAGUCGCAGUGUGCAACCUCGCCAGCAUCUGUCUGCCCAAGUUUGUUGUGUCCGACCGCGGACAGUUCGGAUCUGUGUCGCUGGAUUCGGGCAGAGCUUACUACGACCAUGAAGCCCUCCACCGUAUAACCAAAAUGGUCACUCGCAAUCUGAAUCGAAUCAUUGACAUCAAUUCGUACCCCAUCGAUGGCGCAAGAACUUCCAACAUGAAGCACCGGCCCAUCGGAAUUGGUGUCUCUGGAUUGGCGGAUGCCUUCAUUCGCAUGGGUCUUCCAUUUGCUUCUACCGAGGCACAAGAACUCAACGAAGCAAUCUUUGAGACCGUCUACCACGCUGCUUUGGAAGCGAGCAUCGAACUGGCCGAAGAGCAGGGAGCAUACGAGACCUUUGCUGAUAGCCCUGCAAGCAAGGGCCAGUUUCAAUUUGAUCUCUGGGGUGAACAGGCCGAUGGACUGCCCAGCAAGAGGGUUAGUCGAGAGCAAGGGGGACCAACUCUUUCGCACAAGUACCCAGCAUCGUGCGGGGAUAACGGAUACGACUGGGAGGGUCUUCGUAAGCGUAUGAUGUCCACAGGACUGCGCAAUUCCUUGUUGGUUGCGCCCAUGCCAACCGCUAGCACCUCUCAAAUCCUUGGGGUGAAUGAAUGCUUUGAGCCAUUCAGCUCGAACCUGUACCUACGUCGAGUGAAGGCUGGGGAAUUCAUCAUGGCAAAUCCACACAUGCUUCAAGAUCUCGUGGACAGAGGGUUAUGGACACCUGAAGUCCGAAACCAAUUGAUGCGCGACGGUGGGUCCGUCGCCAACAUUGACUCGAUUCCACCCAGACUGAAGGAGAUAUACAAGACGGUCUGGGAGAUAAAGAUGAAAAGUAUUAUCGACAUGGCAGCAGACCGAGGAAAGUUCAUCGACCAGAGUCAAAGUUUGAAUCUCUUCAUUGCUGAUCCAACUGUCGAUAAGCUAACUGCUAUGCAUUUCUACGCAUGGAAAAAGGGACUGAAGACGGGUAUGUACUAUCUUCGCACAAAGCCAGCAGUGAACGCUAUUCAAUACACCGUUGAAAACACGCUCCCGAGCACCAUACCAGUUGUUGAUGAAGAGGACGUCUGUGUGAGCUGUCAAUCAUAG